AUGAGCUCAAGAGUAAGUUUCACUUGCAUAUCGUUUGUGUUGAUCUUGGUGUCAUUUGUAUUUUUGCUAUUGGCAACUAUAAGCACACCAGUUGUCUCCACGUUCAACUUGGGCAAGUCGGCUUCGCACACGUACGGCUUGUUUGGCUACUGCUGGAAUGAGGACAAUAACUACAGAUGUUCAGGUAUAAGCUACCCUAUUCAGUUGGGUCAAGUGGACGAUCCAAGCAGUAACUGGACAAUGUCGUCAAACUCAAGAGACACGUUGGCCAAGAUAUUCGUCAUUACGCCAAUUGCCUUGGGGUUCAAUUUCUUCACCUUGGUGACCAUCUUCACCUCGCUUUUCAUUGGCAAAAAAGGCGUGUUGGUUGCGAUUGGACUCAACGUUAUAGCUGCCAUAUUGUCUGUCAUUAGCUGCAUUGUCACGAUAUUGGCCUUUUACCCCAAUUUGGCGUGGACCUCGUGGAUCUUGAUUGGCUCGGCCGCGGCAAACUUGGUUUCCGUCAUCUUCUUGAUUAUCACCUUGACUGUGAUCAGUAAUGAAACCGAUGAAAUUGAAGAUUCAGACGACGAAGGGCUUGGCUUUGGAAGAAUCAACAAUUAUGACAAAUUGGAUGACAAGUUUAACCAUAUUCAAACUUCAACUUUCAAAAGCCCCAAUAGCUCUAGUUCAAUUGAAAACGACUAUGAUUAUAAACCGUACAACAACAACAACAACAACAACAACAGCAGCAGCAACAGCAACAGCAACAGGGGAAAUAUGUCAUACAAUAGACUCAAUCAGUCUGGACCAUCUGCAAUUGCUGCAGCUAACGCUGCUAGCAAAAACUACUCAAAUGCUAGUCUAAUCAACAAUGGAUAUGCCCAUCGAGCACCAGGUGGUGGCGUGCCCACAGCAGGAAACGGCUCCUUGACAAGCGCUUCUUCCUACCAUAUACCUCAAUCUGCUAACGACUUUACACAAAGACAGAAUUCCAACGGUAAUUUAUCGGAUCAGCCGCUUGUUUCAGGCAAUGGCUACAAACCAGUAACUACUUCGAGAAGUAUUUCUCCACCAUAUCCUAGCACAAAUGGCGAUCCUAGUAUUGCCAAUGCCAACCCCAACGGAGCGUUUAGUAGAAGUGUGUUUGAACAUCAUCCACAAGUUGAAGGUCACAAACCAUUUACUGAAUUGGACGAUGAUUACGACGAUGAAGAAGACUUGGGAACAAGAAAUAUAGUUGUUACUACAAACAACGAUCUGGAUGAAGACUCGGACUUCACCAGUGUUUCGCAAAGAGCACCAAAUCCUCAAUAUAACGGCAACAAUGGCUAUAACCCCAAUGGUUAUUACCAACAACAGCAACAACAACUUCCACGAUCACAGCCACUUCCACAACACCAUCAUCUUCAACAGCAACAACAAUACCAAUUGAUGAAUCAGCAAAUGUUUGGUCAACCCGCAGGCGGCCCACCAGCACAGUAUCCAACUUAUAAUAACUCUAAUGGAUACUUUGCCCAGAAUUCAAACUCAUCACCACCACAACAACAGCGUUAUAUGCAAGCAGGACGCACAGGUGCAGGUGCAGGUGCAGGUGCAGCAGCAAAUCAACAGAGACCAACAGUUUCCGAUAACAUCAUGAGCAGUAACCCUGAGUUGAAUUUCAAUCGCGGGGGUGCCAUGGCGCAAAAGAGAAAGAUCAGUCCCGGAUUCGUGCCCGUUGCUGCUAGAUACAACACUUUGAAUAUAAAUAACCCAGCAAGUUCGUUAAUGGGCAGAGAUGGCACGAGCGCAGGACAAGCGAGAAAUGGACCUUAUGGAAUGACGAGGCCAUAG